AUGAAUGCGGCCUCUUCUCCCCGCGAUACUCGCGGGCGGGCUGGGGAAAUCACCGAUCAACAGCGAUGCGAAUGGUCUGUGAUUGCCCGCCUGCGCCUGUUUCGUAAGCUACAUGAUUUAAAUUUUCGCGCUGUUUCACAAAACGGGAUAAUUUUCCGACCCGGCGCUUUGUUUGGGGACAACGGCACAGGUGACCGAGUAAAGGGAGAUAACCCACCUCCUUCCCAUGGUCCUACCGACCUCUCGGCAAUACGGACCGGGUCGCGACCGAAACUACGGGAGAUGCACCGGGACUGCUCUUGGCGUAUAACCGGUGCACUUUCUUGA